CGCUGAGUCAGCUGGUCAGUAGAAGAAACGUUGAGUAUGAUUGAACUUAACCAAGUAGGCGACAAAUUGCAACGCACAAUUUUAAAUUAUUAAUUCGAUUCAAUCAAAGGAAACGCAUAUGAGAUGUCGUUCUCAGAUACGAUAAGAAUUUACGAUGAAUCGGCAGUGAAUUUCUAAAAACUUUGACAAGUCGAUAUGGAAUGAAUGAAAAGAGCUGAUUGAGAUAAACAUUGUAUAUAUGAACAUUACCAUCAUUUAGCAACGACAGCAUAUUACAGUUCUUUUUAAGGCGUGUCAAAACGUAUGUCGUGUCGAUUUAAAGUGACAUUUUCAUUCAUCGCACGACAAUCAUGCCGCCGCAGCUGGCACGGGAAAAACAUGUCAAAUAUUUCCAAAGGUUACUACAAAUCAUGCCUAGCAGUCUGGCGGAAUUCGAUUCUACCAGACCAAUGAUAGCGUACUUCGCACUAUCCGGUCUAGACCUGUUGAAUUCGUUGGACGAGAUUGGGGAACAAGCCAAGACCGAAGCAAUCGAUUGGAUCUACGGUCUUCAGGUCGAGGGAGCCGGUCCUCGUUCCGGCUUCCAAGCAUCUACAACGAUACCAAAGGAUGUCCCAGAAUAUCAAUGUGGUCAUUUAGCGAUGACCUACACGAGCCUGGUCACCCUUUUGAUCCUCGGCGAUGAUCUAAGUCGAGUGGAUAAAAAAUCCAUCAUUGGUGGAGUCCGUGCCUGUCAGAAUCCUGACGGAUCUUUCAUGGCCAUGGUAACAGGAUGCGAAAGCGAUAUGAGAUUCCUCUAUUGUGCCUCUUGCGUUUCCGCGAUUCUAGAUGACUGGUCAGGUGUUGAUAUUCCAAGAGCUAUCGACUAUAUAUUACGGAGUGUUUCGUAUGAUGGCGGUAUCGGGCAAGGACCGGGUCUCGAAUCUCACGGAGGAUCGACUUUUUGUGCUGUGGCAAGUUUGUUUUUGAUGAGAGAACAUAUUAAUAUAUUGGACGUAUUGACAUGGGACCGUUUAGCUCGGUUGAAGCGUUGGUGCCUUAUGAGACAGGACGGUGGAUUUAAUGGGAGGCCUGGGAAACCGUCCGACACAUGUUACAGUUUCUGGGUUGGCGCUACGCUCGAGCUUUUAGAGUUCCUCAACUUUUCGGAUGCCGAACAAAACAAAAUUUUCAUUCUCAAUACUCAAGAUAGGUUCAUCGGAGGAUUGGCAAAGUUUGAUAAUACUCGGCCAGAUCCUUUACACACAUAUCUAGGUCUGUCUGGUUUAAGUCUCUUGGGGCAGCCUGGUUUGUGUUCGAUAAAUCCAGAACUCAAUAUCUCCCAACGAGCUUACGAACAUUUACAACAGAUCCAUAAAAAGUGGCGGAACGAAUGAUUUUGGUGUAUAAAAAUUCAAGGGACUAGUGAUCAUAUCAAACGCACAGAAUUUAUAUCAGAUUAGACUUGGCAUUUAAUCAUGGUUCUUGUUUAUAUUUUAUCAUAGUCUCUACUCUAAAAUCUUCAUUUCCCAAGAAAAAAAACGAGAAAAACGUCAAUUAACACUGCUACAAUAAUCACACCAAUAAUAGUAAGAUUUUGUUUUAUAUGGUUCGUUGGGCUGCUUGUUGAGCAAUGUGCUUGUUACAGAUGUAUGUAAAGAUGUAUAUCAAAGUAUAUUAGAUAUUUACUAGAAAAAAGU